GUCAACAGGCACAGUUAUUCAGGGAGGACAACAGAUCAGCAUGAGUCUAUAGUGGUACUAGACUAGAGGUCUAAUUUGGGGUCCACACCAAUAGUACUCCAUGGGAACAAAGUCUUUCCUGUUGAUUUACAAUAUACCAUGUAGUUGAGGAGAGUGGACAUUAAUGUUAAAUGGUUUAUUGUUUGUUAUUUUCUGUUGUUGUGUAUUAGGGUACACGACGAGAAGGAUGCAAGAAACUACUUGCAGUCGUUGUCGAAGAAGAUGGCUGAGGAACUGGAUACUAUCAAGUCAGCAGGAGCAGCAAGGCGAUCGGCAUCCGGGACGUGGCAAAACAGGAAAACGUACAAACAGAACAAGCAGGAGUUACUGUCCGUCCAGGCAGACUUACGGAAUCAAGUGGAGGCCAAACAGAAGCUGGUGGACGAGAAAGAUCAGCUAGAAGGAGCUUUGACUGCUUCAGAGACGAAACUGCGAGAGAGUGAGAUGUUGAAUCGUGACAUCAUUGAGCAAAUGAAUCGACUGCGGAUGGAUAGAGAUUUGUUACAGAAGGAGUUGGAGAUGAUAAGAUCGAAGAGUCAAGACAACGUCAGCAGUCGAGAAUCUACAAUGUCAUUUAGAACAUUCUUGAACAGCACCGAUCCUUCAGGCGAACGAGUAAGACCAAUAGCGACUAGCAGUCCAACAUCAUCAGAACCAGCUACUCCAACACGUUUGCCAUUGAAUGAAUCAGCAGUCGUGUCUGCAGUGGCAACAGCUGCAGCCGUUGUGAAUGCCGCUCUGUAUGCUGGAGAGAUUAAGGAAGAGGAAGAAUCCGAGUCGACUUCGGCACCAGAGUCACCGGCUAUCACACUACUGAGACCGAAGAAAGUGGUUCCAUCGCCAAAGAUGCCACGAGGCAAACCGCAUCAUUUUCAAGUGAAAACGUUUCUUAAGCCGACGAAAUGUCAUCACUGUACGUCGAUUAUGAUUGGACUUGUCAGACAAGGCAUGUGUUGUGAAGUGUGUCAUUAUUCGUGUCAUUUUCACUGUGCCGAAAAGGUGCCUUACCCUUGCCCUACAUCUUCUGACAAAAGCAUGAGAUUGUCUGGUAUCGAUCCCAAGAAAGGCAUCGGAACGGCAUGUGAGGGAUGGGUGAAGGUGCCCAAGCCGGGUGGCGUCAAGAAGGGAUGGUUGAGACACUAUGCAAUUGUGUGCGACUUCAAACUUUUUCUGUACGAACCGACGACUCCGCAGGAAAAGGAAAAGGCCGUCUCGGUCAGCAUCGUCACCACAGUCGACAUGAGAGACGAGUUGUUUGAGGUUGGUGGCGUGCAGAAGUCCGACGUCAUCCACGCGCCUUUGAAAUUGCUUCCCAACAUUUUCAAGGUUGUUGCGUCUGCGUACAAUACAAAUGGACCUCAGGCUCAGCUGCUUGUGUUGACUGAGAGUCCGAACGAGCAGCGACGGUGGGUGAACGUGUUGAGAGAGCUGAAGAAGGCACUGUCACAGACCGAGCAGCCGGCGAGAACGAUCUAUACUGCGAAAGAGGUGUAUGACACUUCACAGUUGGAGUUUAUAAGAGAGACGACUUGUGCAGCUGUUGUUGAUUCUGAUAGAAUUGUUGUGGGAACAGAGGAGGGUCUCUAUGGUGUCGAACUGACAGAUGAUGCGGUUCUUCUAGUUGAAAAGGAAAAGCGCGUUUACCAGUUAGAAGUCAUUCCGGAUGAACAACUCGUUGCUGUCUUAUCGGGUCGACAGAAACACGUGCGACUUUACCCUUUGCCUGCUUUGGACGGCCAGCAACUGGAGGGAGUCGUCAAAGUCCAAGAGUCGAAAGGAGCGCAAGUGUUUGCUUGGGGUCCAAUCCGAGUCGGUGCACUGAAUUGUCUCUGUGUGGCGGUGAAGAAGAAAGUGUACGUUUACGAGCUGAACAAGACAAGGUUGAAACACAGAAAGAUCAAGGAGAUGGUGACGCAGAGGGAGACACAAUGGAUGGGCGUAUUCAAUGGGAAACUCUGUGUUGGGUAUGCGUCCGGCUUCGUUCUUUACUCAGUUCAAGGAGAAGGACAAGCCACGAGUCUCAUUCAUAAAGACGACCUUUCACUUGGAUUUGUGACGCUUAACCCUCUUGAUGCGAUGUGCUGCAUCGAGUUGGACCAGAAGAAAGAAUAUCUUCUCUGUUUCAACAUGCUUGGCGUCUACGUCGAUGCUCAAGGUCGCAGAGCAAGAAGACAAGAACUCAUGUGGCCGUCGUUGCCUCUUUCGAUAUCUUAUUCGGCUCCUUACGUUAUUGUGUGCAGUCAGAACACGGUGGACAUCUUCGACGUUGUGACAGCAGAAUGGCUUCAAACUCUUCCUCAAAAGAGGACGCAUGCGCUGUGUCGUGACGGGUCGCUUGUUCUGUGGCACGGCUCCGACUCUCCCAAACUUCUCUUCCUGAAAGGCGCCCAUCUGGACGACUCCGACGCCGAGCUUUGCGUUCCGGACGGAAAUUGUCGAGGUCGGCGACCGCACUUUAUUGACAAGCGAGCAAGCAAACGACGGUUUUCUUCGCGACAUCUUGUUGUUGGAGGGAGCGGAGCACGAACGGCGAUAUCGAAUCCGAGUAAUUUCAGUCAUAUUCAACACGUUGGCCCGGAUGCAGUUACGGCUAAUCUCGUGAGUCGACAGAGCGACGAAGAGCUCAACAAGCUGGUAGGAAAGCCGUCUCGGGCGGCGAGUGCCAUUCCUUCGUCCGUCGCCUCCAAGACUCGACCAGCAAAGCGAGCCGUGAGCGCAUCCGCCCUGAAAUCGUCGUCGCCCGCUCCGUCGUCUAGCACUCUCACGUCGCUCUCGAACGGUCCGAACGACAGCGUCGCCAUACCGCGCCAUCUCUCCGACCAGCAAUCGCUGCACAACGAGAACAUCCUGCAGGUCGACCCGACGACGGGCGGCAUGUCGAUGCGUCGGUCGUCAAUCGGCAGCGCCGGCUCGUCGUUUCCGCACUCAAUCCGUGAGAACUCGCCGUCGAACGUGUCGCAGUCGAGCGACAUCUUGCCGACCGACGAGCCGCCGCCCGCCUACGCGCCGCCGCCGAUCGACGAUUUCGAAGCCGGUCGGCAGUCGCGUGACGGCAGCGUCGGGCAAGACGCGCUGUCGGUCGGUGAUACCGAGGGCUCUCCGCCGCCUGCCUAUACGUUUCCUCCGACGGACGAUUGGGGACUAGACGAGGUGGACACGUUCAAGACAGAGUGUUGAUGUGAGAUAUUGCGAUGUGAGAUAUUGCGAGGUCUAGACGGUGACGGUGCGUGUGAUUAAAUGCGUGACACAUUCAAGUGUGCAUGAAUCUAUAUGAUUUAUUUGCGGGGGGUGUGUAUAACGGGGUGUAGUACUGUAGUGUAGUUUGUGUGGGUUGGGUUGAAUUUUCGUGCGGACACAAGCUAGUGCAGUUUUUACCAUUUCAUUCUGCGCGUUGCAUGCGUGGAGAACUAUUGAGUUACAGAUGAUGAAUUCGCUAUGGUGUAAUAUUAAAGAUACGGAUUAAUAUGUUAUCUAUAUACGGGUCUUA